AUGUAACAUGAUGACGUCAUCCUUACAGCGAAGAAUGUGACGCCGUCAUGAUUGUACUUUCCGAGCUCACUUGUCGGAAUUCAAACUCAGGCAGUUUUGGAUUUAUGUGAAACAACGCAAUGACCUCAUCAGAGAAACCCAUCUGUUCUCCAAUCACCAUAGCGAGACAGGAUCUAGUAUGUCCUCUCUGUAGGCUGGAAUUCCUUGAGCCCAAAAUGCUCCCAUGUUGUCACACAUUUUGUCGCAUGUGCAUCGCGACUGAGUGUGCCGUUCUUUACAUGGACCGCUACGUCUUCUGGUGCCCAACCUGCUACGAUGAAAGCGAGGCCUAUGAUGUCACAGGAUUCACUCUUCCACCAAACAUAUACAUCACAGGGCUCCAAGAAGUGCAAGCCUGUCGAAAAGCUGACAAAGAAUACUGUCUAGUUUGCUCUGUCAAAAAAAGGAAGUCAUCAGCUGCCUAUAAAUGUCUGGACUGUGGUGAUAAGCUUUGCCAAACUUGCAGUAGGGGUCACAACUCCUCCACGACCACUUCCAAUCACUUCCUUGCUUGCCUAAGUGAUUUGAUUAAAGGUCGCCACGAUAUGCAGAUCAUGAGCAGACAGAGAAUUGUCUGUUUAAUUCACAGAGAGAAUUACAAAUUGUAUUGCACUACCUGUUCAAUUCUAAUCUGUGAACGCUGUGCCCUUGAUGAACACAGAACACACCUUCACAAAUCAAUAGAAGAAGCUGUGCAGGAAAGAAAGACUGCUUUGGAAAAAGUGGUGCCCAAGAACUUCUCAGUCAGCCAAAUAAAGAAAAGAUUAAGCAACUUAGAUAAAGAAGAAAAGCAGUUUAAUAAGAAGCUGAUGGAGGAAACAACAGCCUGUGUGCAGCAAAUUCAAAUGGAAAGCAAACAGAUGCGGAAAAAGUGUCACGAGUUCUUUCAAAAAGAGCGUGCGAUGCUUAGUAAUCACCUCAGCAGUUUGUCCACAGGGGUCUUCGGAAUGUACAACAAGGUCAUGGAGUGUGGGGGGUUGCAGGUGCUUGUUAUGGGGGAUGCCUUAGAGGCAGGUAUGAAGUCUCUGCCAGACGAUGUAGUGAACAAUCCUUUGCUCCACCACAAGAAACUCAGGCUAAAUAUUGCAGGGUAUUCUCCGGGGUCAGAUGUGUUAUCAUGUACAGAAGAACUGGAUGAAGAAGAGGUGGAUUUAGCCAUAUCCAGUGCUGGUCAGAAUGGAGUGUUCUCAUUCAUAGCUCCGAAAGUCAGUGUUGGAAACAGCAGCAAGACAGGAAGUGUUUUGGAUCUGUCAAGGUUUGAUUCCACAAAACCUCUUAAACAAACUAAAGGUAGAAAAACAGUAUGUGUUGAUGGUAAGACUAAUGAUGAAGAAAGCGACAUGAUCGGAGAUGUAAUAGUGGGUGAUACGAAGAAGGACCCUGUCGAUAACAUCAUGAUUGACAAGGCUAUAGGCAUGGUUGAUGUCACAACUGAAGAUACAGAAAAUGGCAAGGCUAGAGGUCCAGAAGAUGACAAGGAUACAGACAUACUUGAUGCCAAGGCCAAUGACAAAGUUGAUAUUAUGCCUGAAGACAGAGCUAAUGCCCAGGCCAAAAUCACAGAUGAUGUCAAGGCUGAUGUUGAUGUCAAGGAAAAAGAUACAGUUGUUGCCAUGAGCGAUGACAUGGUGAAAACUAAUGACGAGGACAAGGCUGCUACAGUCUCAGAAGCAAAUUCAGCCGAUGAUGGAGAUGGAGAGGAUUGUAUGACACAUAUUGACAUCCCAGAAAGAAACACAGGAUGUGCAGCGAAGCCUUCCAAAAGUAUCAAAGACUACUUAUCAGAACUUCACAAUGAAAAAGUUUCACCUUCAGAUGGAACAGGCACAAGACAAUUUGUUUGGAAAGAUAUGCCACAUUAUGAUAAAGUUGCUGAAAAGACAUGUUCAUCUAAAGACAUCAAGAAGAGCAGCUUAGCCACCAAGAGUACAGUCGGAGACACAGAAAAGGGCGAUUCUGAAUUGCAAUUGGUCCUUAAAGAUAAUAAACAAGAAAGUCUAUGUGUGAAAGACAUCCAACAUAAGGAGGAUAUGGCUCUAGGGACCAACAUGAAAUCAGGUAAAACCAAGAAAAAGGAUGAUGAAGCAGACUGCCUUAAAGAUGAAGUAGAAACUGCAUCCAUGGCAACCUGUAAAUCAAGUUCAAGCCAAGGUUCCUGUUGCAGUACAGAUGUUGAGAACGGUGAGAAAACAGUUGCAGAGAGAGAGCGAAGGACAGCACAGACAAAUACGAGGAGAUGUAGGCAGACGAUCAAAACACUGAUCUACAUACACCACUUCUUCACACGACUGCACAGCGACUGGAACAUCCCCAACAUCACCUGCAUGGUGUUUGGCAGGGACGACAGCAUAUACUUCAUCGAUGAAAACAACUACAAGAUCGAGAUGGUGAACAAAAUGGGAGAUUUUCUGGCAGGUGCUAGAAAAAACGAAACCACUUUUUUCAACCAUAUGACAGCAUAUUACAAAGGAUUUGCUGCAGUGCACGGCAAUGUCCUGUUGUACUACAACUAUGACAUGAUUGUCACCCAAACAGCCACUCUGUCUAAAGACACAACACCCAUUACGUCAUUUCCAGUCGUCUCAAACUUUCAAGACGGGAUCCUCAUCGGCAACUUGCCGCGGAAUGAAAUGAAGCUGUUCAAUAUAUAUGGAAGCUUGAAGCGAUGUUGGACAAGUAGGGUACCAGGUCCGGUCAUGUCCAUGAAGUAUGUUCACAGUGACAGGGUCAUCAUGGCCACGUGGGCCAAUAAUGGAGCUGUGUACAUCGAGUCAGAAUCUCAGGGUAUAGUGCUGGAGAUAUACCGACAGUUCUCCUCGGGGGACAACGUAGUUGGGUGGCACCCCUGGGACGCCUGUGUCACAGUGGAUGGGCGUGUCAUUGUGUCCGAUAGUCUACGGAAUGAGAUAUCCAUCUUUGAUCAAGAAGGUAAUUUGUUGUAUUCACGGAACACUGCAGAGCGCCAUCUUCUGGAGCCAAGAUGCCUACUGGUGGACAAAACUAACAGAGUGUUCGUGUCUGGAAAACAUGGGACCAUACUUCAGUAUGGUUUUAUAUAGAAAUACAUUAAUUAACUUCA